AUGAGCAACACUCAACGCGAGUAUCGAAGACUGACCGAAGACGAGGAGAAUGCGCUAAGCCGCCUAUACCCAGCAGUCAAACAGGAGCUUCGCGAACGGCCAGGGGUGUACAUGUUUCAAGACGGCCAAAAUAUCGUCAUCGAACUAGAAGAGGACAUUUCAAUACCGCAGCAAACUUUCAUCAGAAUAGUCGCCGAGUACAAAAGACUGAAGACGGCCCAACACAGCGGCGGUCCUCGGCCAAGACGGGCGAAUUCUCAGUCAUCUCCCCUCAGUUCACAAAACGAUGCAACACGAGAGACAGGCAAGGAAUGA